CAACUCACUUCUACUACACCACCACCCUCUCUUUCUCUUUUUACUCUCUCUCUCUCUCUCUGUGCUGGGUCCCUACGCCCUGCACACACAGCUGGGUCAUUAUUAAAUCUUCCUCAACCAGCAACUUCGACUUCCUCCUCUUCUUCACCACUCGAGUAACGCCUUCAUAUCCAUAACCCGCUUUCUUUUUUUCUCCUUCAUAGUACUUGCUCUGUACUCGCCAUGGCUGAGGAUGCUGAGUACGACAAAGAGAACAAGGAGAAUGGUGUCAACGCUGAGUUCGACGCUGCGUUUGUCUUCCCUAAUGAGUUCCCCUACGAGUUUGACUCGUUCGGGACUGAACCCGUUGAGUCCGGUUCUACCGGAACUGAAAGCAGCGACGAGGAAGACUUCUUUGCCGGGUUAACUCGCCGUCUGAGCCAUGCCGCGCUCAACGAAACUCGGAAGCAACUUACUGUACCCAUCUGCAACAGUGACAAAACUGAGACCCAGAAGAAAACUCGGGGUUUGGCCGUGUCUCCCCAGUCCACACUCAGUGGCUGGUCAUGUCGGAGCGUCGGGUCCGGCGACGGAAGUCCAAACGGGUCUUCUCGCGUUCCCUCGCCGACGACCACGCCGUUUAACGCUACGAACGAAGCGUGGGAUGUGUUGUACGCAGCUGCGGGGCAAGUCGCAAGGAUGAAGAUGAACGGCGAGGCUUCGUCCAAGUUCGAAUUUAAUAACAGGGGACUAUUGGGUGGUCUUCCUCCACCCAUUGCGGUUGAAAAUGCGUUAUUCUCGAACCAGGGUCUUUCUCAGGUUCGGUAUCAACAUGUGAGACAACAAGAGCAGGUGCUGAGGCAGCAGUGUGGUUCUGUUUGGGGGAGGCAAGUCAAGGGUAACUGCUCAACUCAGCAGCAUCAACCACCUCAGCCUCAGAACAGAGUGCGCGACUUUGGGUAUGAUUAUGAGGGUGUGAAAUGCACGCGUCCUGUGCCUCAUUCUGCAUGGCACCCUCUCCAAGUUAAGCACCAAAAUCAACAGGUUCCGCAUUUCGGAUCCGGGUCUCGACCCGGAUUGCUAGCUGGAUCUGGUGUUAAAAGGGGUUGCGCUGGAACCGGUGUUUUCUUGCCUCGCCAAUAUGGGGCCCCUCCUCCGGAAUCUCGCAAGAAAACAAGCUGUGCUGCACCUGUUUUGGUUCCAGCCAAGGUUAUUCAUGCUCUGAACUUGAACAUUGAUGACAUUAAUGCUGCUACUACCCAACCACGCUUCUCGAGUGGUUUUGGCUUGAACUAUGAUGCGUUGUUAGCCAGAAGGAAUUCACUUCUGCUGCAGCAGAAGUUAUGCAUGCGACUAGAAGAGGCAGCAAACUAUGAAAUUCGCUUGCCUCAGGAAUGGACGUACUAACUCCUUUGAUAAUAGUUCAAACAAGAUUCAAUUGCUUCAAGUUAAACCUCACUGGAGAAAGAAAGUAGUAAAAUUAGUAGGCUUGUGAUAGGGAAGUUGGUUUUUUAGUUUUAAAUUAUAAGGAUGAAAUUCAAGAAUGUGUUUGGCUAGUUUAGUGGCAAUAAAUCAUCUGGUUUUUGUGAGAGAUGCAGCCUUUUUUGUGAUCUGUUGUUAGUUGAAGAAACAGUGAAAGAUAGCAGUUUAGGGGAAGUUAUGAAUUAUAUAUAUUUGUUAUUUGUAAUAAGGUAAGGUGGUCGUUUUCUUCCAUGUUAAAUUAAUGCUAGUGGAAGAAAGUUAAAGGGCUUAUUGUUGGCGAUUGAAGAGGGUUCCAGUCAAGCCAGCAAAAAGUGUUGGAAGAUUGCCCAUAACCCUUAGUAAAAGCUCUUGCUCGCUAUAGAAUAGUAUGUAAUAAGUUAUACUAUAUGUAGUAAAGACAACUUGUGUAAUCCCUCAGGGUCCAUCUUAUUUCUACUGUUCUCUAAUUGAAAGAUUGAUUGCAUAUUAAGCGAAUCUAUGAUUUUCUUGCUAUCCAAGUAAGGGAAAUCUCAAUUAUCAUU